UUGCCAACCUACCCACAUGCUCCGCCUCCCCUCUUCUCACAAAUUCCUCCAUCUCCUUCACCACCGCCGACCCCAGUUCCUCCCUUCCCAUCUCACUCUGCCUCUUCCCUCCACUACGACCCGCUUUCCUACCUCAACCUACCGCAGCAGCCGCCUCUCUUCAGGGAUCUAUUCCUUUCCAGUACCUCCCCUCCCACGGCGGAGUCGACCUCCAUGGAGAAGGAAGCAGCGUGGGCGGCGGCGCCUCCUCUGUAG